AAGACGAACUUGAACCAUCCAUGGCCACCUAUUGGAGCUCCGAUGAAUCUCCGGCGAGAAGAGCCGUGGAAAUCUCAAUUCGACGACUCAGUUAACGCUGUCUCCUUUGGCUUCGUUGCUACAGCUAUUCUCAUCUCUAUGUUCCUCGUCAUGGCUAUCUUCGAGAGACUGAUUCGGACAACCACUACUUCAACUACUAAUUCAGAUUCCUCUUCAAGUCGGGUCCUUCCGGGUAUGGAUUCUCGGGUCGGGUUUAAUGGUGCUGCAACUAAACUCGGUUAUCAAUCUCCCAAGAUGACUGUUUACUCAAACGGGGUAUCGGUAUUGAUGCCAGGAGAUGAUAUCCCUACGUUCAUCGCUCAUCCAGCGCCCGUGCCUUGUCCUCCUCAAAACAUCUCACACUCCGCCACCGCCGACAAGAAAGAUGAUCCUGUCUCCGGCAAGAACACCGCACCACCUCCAUCAGUUGUCGAUGAAGAGACAGUAGUCAAAGAAGUCUUGUCCGAAACUACAUUGCUCACUUCCUCUAACGACAAUUCAACGGUGGAGAAGAUGACGACGACAAAGAUUCAAGAAGACGAGGAGAAGAAACCCGGAAUUGUUGUCGACGUAGCUCAAGAACCGGUUUCGACCAAGCCCGGUACGGUUGAACCCGAAAAAGGAUCGGAGGUUUCGGAGAUUUGUAGUUUAAGCGAGAGUUUGCUUUCGAUCGUGAAUGGAUACGACGAGGAAGAAGUGAAACAGAUGAAAUCUCAGGUAGUGAGACAGAGGUCUCCGGCGAAAUCUCGGAACCGGGUCAUGGUUAGUUAUCCAAACCGGAGAACCGAUAUGUCUCCUCGUAAGAGAAACGUCGAAGAAGAAGCUGGCUCGGUGAGGCUGGUUCCGCCGGGUACGGGUAAAAGAGACCCGACUGAAAGAUCCGAGAGAAGGUCAAGGUCGCCGGCGAUGAACAGGUCCGUCAUGAUGGGUCCAACUCGGAGUCAACAAAGUACGGACAGUUGUGUAGCAAUGAGAAGACAAAAUCAGUCUCCGGGUCGGGUCAGACUUGAUCCGUAUAAGAACGGGUCGGAGCAAGAUUGUAAUCAUCACAAGUGGCCGGGUUCUGUUGGGAAUUACAAUAUUGCCCCUAACGACUCUUUUGAGAACCCUCUUGUUUCAUUAGAGUGUUUCAUCUUUCUAUGAGAUAAUGUAUCUUAUUAUCGAAUUAUCGCCGGAAUUUACAAUUUCGAAGUUAUUUUAUCUAUUCAGAUUUCACAUGCUUCGCCACUGCAGAAUCUGUUUGGUUGUGGAUUUUGUAAAAUACUAAAAUGUUUUUCUGUUU